AUGGCAGAAGUUUCCAACAGCGAACCCGUACAAACAGAAGAGAAGUACGAGGAUGACGACUACGACGUUUUUGACAUCAUGCUGAAUCCUGGCGGCGACGAAGGCAGCUCAUUUCGCACCAGAAACGAUCCAUCGGCGCCUUACCAACGUACUAAUGUUACCGAGCGUAAAGGAGCACUGGACAUCCGCUGCACCUGUCUGGACGUGAUUCACGGCCUCGUGAGCCCCGACGCCGACGAAUUUGCGACACUCAUUGUUCUCAACUUCAGGUUCGACAGCCGCAAGACAGCAAGACGCAUUUUGGCUGUGAACAUCACUCUCCAGUUUGCACCUGAGAAGGCCGGUGACCCUGAGCCCGAAGUGUUCCAGAUCGCACCCUACGAUAAUAUGGUUAUGGUUCAGACGACACAGACAGAAGGAAAGACAACCAUGGCGGGCGUCAGCGUGGGGGCACCUCCGCUUGUUGGUGUGGAGUUGGGGGCGGAAUUGGGCUGGGAACGCAGUGUCACCCGAGAAACCACGGAUGCGACAAGAGUGAUUGGCUCGAUUGAUCUUUUGGGAAGGACGUAUGGGAACGCGGACAGCGCAUCUUGGUCACUUAUCGAGAAUAGUACUACCAAGACCGGCGUACCGUCAACGAUGCGUACGGCAAUCCUGUUAAAAAGGCAGGACGAGAAACCGUUUCGCUGCGAUUUCAAGAUAGAAGCCAAGGUUGAUGCUAAAAGUUCUAUGGAGAGAAGCUUUCAAAAGAUGUUUGGAGGACGACCCAAAGAUGAUCUUCUGCUCUUCGAUCCACAGCUGCCUCCCACCAACAAAUUGCAGACGUACGAUCUCACCGCACUUGGAUCUGUGGACCUAGGCAGUCUCGCAGGCAUAACUUUCCAAACCGUGCUGGACUCUGCAGUAAAGCAUAUUUAG